AUGAAAUUUCGACAGAGCCGGAACAUUAAUAAGAUAUCUACCGAGGCUAAAGAAUUUAUAAAUUUUGUCAAUAAUUCACCUUCACCUUUUCACGCGGUUGAAGAAGCCCGUACAAGAUUAGUUGGUGCUGGUUUUGAAGAAAUUAAAGAAUAUGAUAGUUGGGAAGAAAAAUUAAAACCAAAUGGAAAAUACUACUUUACAAGAAAUAGAAGUACCAUUGUUGCUUUUGCCAUAGGUGGCCUUUAUAAGGUUGGGAAUGGUAUUUCCAUGGUUGGAGCUCAUACUGAUUCGCCUUGUUUAAAGCUUAAACCUAUUUCGAAAAAGGAAAAGGCAGGUUAUUUACAAAUUGGAGUUGAGACUUAUGGUGGUGGUAUUUGGCAUACAUGGUUUGAUCGAGAUUUAAGUGUAGCAGCUAUUCAUCUUGACCCUGAAGUUAAUGAGUCUUUUAAAUUUAACAAAGAAACGCAUUUAACACCAUUAUUAGCGACAGUAACAAGAGCCCUGGAAAAUCAAACGGUUGAAGAAGCUAAUAAAAAUUCUUCGAAUAAACCAAAGCAUCAUCCUGGUUUACUAAGUGCCUUAGCUGAAGAGAUUGGAAUUCAAGAUCCAUCUAAGAUACAUGAUUUUGAAUUGUGUCUUUAUGACACACAACCUUCUACUUUUGGUGGUCUAUAUCAGGAGUUUAUUUUUUCUCCGCGUCUUGACAAUUUGAUGAUGUCAUUUACUGCUUUGAAAGCAUUAAUAAAUAGCUCAAAAAAUCCAGAAGAAUCUUUAUCUACAGAUAAUAAUAUUCGUUUAAUUUCUCUGUUUGAUAAUGAGGAAAUUGGCAGCACUAGUGCCCACGGUGCUAAUUCUAGUCUUUUGGAGAACACUUUGAGAAGAUUAUCUUCAGCAAAUAUUGAUUCGUCUGCUAGUCCUUCCAGGACUAUUUUUGAAGAGUCAAUGCAUAAAAGUUUUAUGAUUAGUGCUGAUAUGUCCCAUGCUAUUCAUCCAAAUUAUAGUGAAAAACACGAGGAAAAUCAUAGACCAGAGAUGAAUAACGGCCGUUACGCUACUACUGCUGUAACUACGCUUGUAUUGCGCGAGGCUGCAAAAAAAUAUAAAGUUCCAUUACAAGAAUUUGUUGUCCGUGCAGAUAGUCGUUGUGGAUCUACUAUUGGACCAAUGAUAAGUGCAAACUGUGGACUACGUACUAUUGAUGUUGGAAACCCUCAAUUAAGUAUGCAUUCUAUUCGAGAAACUGCUGGAACAGAUGAUGUAGAUCAUGCAAUUAACUUAUUCCAGGGAUUUUUUGAAGAAUUUUCAAGGAUUGAUAAAUCUAUAGUUGUUGAUUGA